AUGAAAGUUCCAUACACUUAUGUGUCAAACAACUUCUUUGCUGCUUAUUUCCUAUAUACUUUGUCACAGUUUGGAGCCACAGCUCCACCAAGAGAUAAAGUUGUUAUCCUAGGAGAUGGAAAUACCAAAGUUGUUUUUAACAAGGAAGAGGAUAUUGCUGCUUAUACAAUCAAAGUUUUUGAUGAUCCAAGAACCUUGAACAAAAUUUUGUACGUUAGACCAAAACAUAAUAAAUUGUCUUUUAGUGAUCUGGUAUCACUAUGGGAGAAGAAGAUCGGUAAAACUCUUGAAAGAAUCUAUGUCCCCGAGGAAGAGGUACUCAAACAAAUUCAAGAGUCAUCUUCGUUAAGUACGAUGUUCUCGCUCGCUCAUUGUGUGUAUAUAAAAGGGGAUCAUACUAACUUUGAAAUUGAGGCAUCAUUUGGAGUUGAAGCUACAACUCUCUAUCCUGAUGUUAAAUACACCACUGUAGAUGAGUUUCUUAAUCAAUUUGUCUGA